AUGAUGUUAUCUCCUGUCUGCCUGCCUACCUGCCUAAUCUGCCUACCUGGGCACCUCUGGGGGCGAAGAGCGGCGCUGGAGGCCCUGGCGGACGUCAUGGCGGCGGCGCUUCAGGCCGUACGGGCGGCGGCAGCGGCGGGGUUGCCAACCCCGCCGCCACCGCCAGCGGGUACCGUACCGGGGGCAGCAGCAGUAGAAACAGCAGCAGCAGAUUCCGCCGCCGAUGCCGCCGUCAUGGACGCUGCUGUUGAACCGCCCCCAGCUGCAGGGGCAGCAGCGGCGGCGGCGGCGGCGGCAGCGGCGGUGCUACACGAGCCUCGCUGUGACGCGAUCCAUUUGACCGCGACCGCAAUAUCCGCCUUGUACGGCAGGUGCCCGGACGCCGCCGCCGUCGCGGCCGCGGCUAGACUGCUCGGCUGCUGCCUGCAGGUUCAGCUCCGCCUGCCGCCUGGCCCUUCGCCGCCGCCGCCGCCGCCGCCAUCCGCUUUGGUGAAACUGGGAGUCCUGGUUCCCCCAGCCGUGGCGACGGUCGGCCUUGGGCAGACGAUGGCGGAGCGCGGUGGUGUGACGCCGCCAGCCCGGUGGCGACCCACGGGUCUGUCUGAGGCAGCGGGAUGGGAGGCCCUCCUGGAGCUGCGUCGGCACCCACAUCCACUAGUACGAACGGCCUGUCUAGUUGCCGUACAGCAGGCGUGCAUUGCGGCGUCGGCGGCGUCAUCCACAUGGACAUGCCGCGGCGGCGGAGGCGGCGGAGGCGUUACGGAUCCACAGCCGUCGGUUCCAGACCUGCUUGAUCCUGCAGCCGCCGCCGUCGCCUACGCCGCCGCCGCCGCCGGGCUGGAGGACGACGCGGAAGAGCCUCGCGCCGCCGCCGCCGCCCUCAUCUCCGCACUUGCCGUACUGGUUCCGGAUAUGCCGUACGGCACACAUUUCGGCGUGGCGGCUCGCUUGGUGGACGAUGCCUUCAUGCGGCUAUGUGCGCUGGUCGCCGACCCACAGCGGGGCCUGAGGCUGCAGGCGUUACAUGCACUGGGGGGGCUUCAUGCAGCCAGCCUUCGCGUCAAGCUGCAGGCUCUCAGCAAAAAGACGACGCUGCGGGUGGCGGUGGUGGCGUCGCCGCCGCCACCGCCGGCGACAGGAACGGGGAUGAUGGAGACAGCUGUAGGUGGCGGCGGCGGCGCCGGAAGUACGGCAGGAGGCGGCGGUAAAGCUGGGUCCAAGAGGGCGGCAGCUGAUCUGGUCGCCACCACACCCGCCGCCGCCGCCGCUGGCAGCGGUGGCGGCGGCGGCGCCGCCGCCCCCACUCACGCCGCUAGUGCCGCCGCCACCGUCAAGCGCCUGACCACCUCUGCCUGGGAGCCUCAGUCUUGGCUGGUCGGCGCCAGGGGUGGGCCCAGAUCAAGACCUGCCGUACCUGGAUCUGGAUCCACGUCAGGCCCUGGCAGCGCCGCCGCCGCCGCCGCAUCGUCUAAUGACUUAACCCUGCUGGAAAACGCCGUCGGGGCGUUCGUACUCGGCAGUGAGGACGAGCACUGGGAGGACGCGGCUGGUGAUAUCGGUAUCGGUAUCGGUAUCGGUAUCGGUAUCGGUAUCGGCUCUUCAAUGUCGCAACAGGUACGAGUCGCAACACUAGAUGCCAUGACGCGGCUGGCAGAGUACGAAUACCGGGCAGCAGCUGCCGCCGCCACAGCGGCAGUAGCUGGAGCGCCGCCAGCAAUAGCAGCAGCUGGAGCAGCAGCAGGAGCAGGAGCAGGAGCAGGAGCAGGAGCAGCAGCAGGAGCAGGCGUGUCGGGGUCAGCAGCCGGGGGUGCGACGGGGCGGGGUGACGAAGGCAGUGCUGGUGGUACGGCGGCAGCCAGCCUUUCCGUACGAAUCGGCGGGAUUGGAGGCUCGGCGGGGUCCAGGAUUGCCUCGGGGGUCGGAAAUGUGGAAGCCGCCGCCAGCAUAUGCGCGGCACUCGUCGACGCACUUUUGGACGAGCUUCCCGAAUUGUCCAGGCGCUGCGCCGAUGCAUCGCAACCAACCCUUCGGCGGCCGCCGCCGCCAGCAUGCGAGACCUGGCGCCGCCGCCACAGGAGCUGGGGACGGCGGCGACGGCGGCUACGGCAACAGCCACGCAAGGGGCGACGGCAGCGGUGAUGGCGGCGACGGCGACGGCGACGGCGACGGCGGACCAGCGGGCGACACUGCGCCAUCUGCGUUCCGAUACGGUGCUGCGGCUGCUGGUGCUGGCGGGAGCGCAUGCCGUACAACCGGACACGGUAGCGGCGGCGUUGCCGCCGUACUUGUCGGCGCCGCUGCUGGUGGCGGUCGCACGGCUGUACAGACCUUAAUGCGGGCUAACGUUGCACAGCGGGCUGACGGACGCGACACGGAAUGUCUGUAUGUAUGUACGUGUAUACAGAGAACGUUGAAGAACCCGCGACGGGAGUGUACGGAUGCCCGUUGUUGCGGCAAGUUCUUCGCGAGUUAGGCCCUAAGUAUACAACCAGACGCGCGGACGAUACCAGGAUGGUGCGCCUGACUGCGCAGUUUUCGUCGGAAGAUAAUUUUGAUAACUCUAAAGUACGUUUAAGAGUUCUGGCGUGAUCCUCUGACUUGUUUGUAAGUAAGAUGAGG